AAGGCUGCAUUGGUGGUCUCUGAGCCUGUCCAGCCUGUCCAGUUGAGAAGACCAGAAGAGCUGUCUGACCCAUCUUUCCUCCUCCUCCUUGUCCCGGCUGCCUCGUGGUGCCACCAGUGCCUGCCUGCCUGGCAAGUCAGAGCAUGUCUGGACCCUGUGGACGAGCUGCAGAAGAUGGCAGAGCUGCUGGGGCUCAGAGACGAGUGCAGGGAGGGGGCUUUGGGGGCUCCUGCGCUUGCUGCCUCCUGCCUUGCAGACAACAGGCUGAACCUGGAUGUGUAUCUUGACGGCUGCCGCAGGUUCCGCCAGCUGUUUGAGGGGCGACAGGGAGAGGUGCUCCAGGUGGAGUUCCUCCGGCUCAGCAGCAAUGAUCACCUCCUUGGCACCACGCUGGACAUCCUUCCUCAUCUAAAGCACCUGAAAUCCCUGGUGAUCAAAGGUGGUCAUGCCAGGGAUGAGUUUGGUUCAUGUCAGCAUGGCUCCCUGACAAGCUUACCACCAGACAUGGGGAACCUGAGGUGUCUCACUCACCUGGAUCUCACCUUCAACAGCCUCUCCACCUUGCCCAGCUGCAUCCUUCAUCUCUCCAGCCUUCGUGUGCUCCUGGUGAGCCACAACAGACUGGUGGCACUCCCUGAGGACUUUGGGUCUCUGAGCAAGCUGACUUUCUUCUCUGCUAUGAAAAAUCAGCUGAAGGACUUACCUCGGAGCAUUGGGGACCUAGCAGUGCUGCAGGAGCUGGAUCUCUCUGAAAAUGCUUUGGAAUUCAUUCCUGAAGAAGUGGGGAAUCUGCAUAACUGCACAGAGCUGGAUCUCUCCGGGAAUCGCUUACCAAGGAUCCCAGACUCCUUAGCCAAUUUGAAGUCUCUGCGGCGGCUGCACCUCCACAGCAAUCUUCUGGUGACGGUCCCUGCCUCGCUUGCCAGCCUGCCCAACUUGUCCAGGCUUGAUCUGCAGAAUAAUUGCCUCCUUGCUGUCCCCCCCGAGAUCCAGACCUUGCCAUUCGUGCGCCUCCGAGGCAAUCCCUUAGGAGAAACUGAGCCAUCCCCACAGGCUGAUGAAUCCAGUGCUGGAAGACUACGAAGACUCUUCCUUGCAUCAGGAGAGGACAGCUUUACUGUCACCUCUGAAGGCUGCAAAGUGGUCCUGGCCUGUGGCAUCCAUUUCUACUUUCCACCGGGGGCUGCCUCUGACCCUCUGCAGAUCUGCUGCCGAACUCUGGCACCGGACCCUCAGUGGGUAAAGCUGCGACACCAUGAUGUGCUGCUGAGUAGAGUCCUGGAGCUGCAGCCUCAUGGGGUCAAAUUCCAGCAGGAGGUGCAGAUCUCGAUGCCAUAUGCCUCCCCUCAGACCCUUCACCAGCGUGAGGUGGUAGUUCGGACCUUUAGUGGGCAGAGCUGGAGUGAUUUGAGAACAAGAGCGAAGCAGAAGAGAAAAUCAAAGAAGCAUGUGGCUCACUGCAGUGUCCUUCACUUCUCUUGGUUCCUCGUUGUGGCUCGACUUGUGCAAAAUGAAUGCAAAGUGCCAGCAGAGGGGACACUGCUCUUUUCCAGUGUGGAUCCAAACAUCAAAGUGACCUUUCCUCCUGGAGUCACUGAAGAACCUCGCACUGUCGAGAUGCAGGUGCUGCCAGUGUCUGCAGGAGAGAUAGAGGAAAUCACAGCCGAUGCAGGGUGCAGAGCCAGUCCCCUGCUCUGCCUCUCCCAGGACUCCCUGGUGGACUUUCUCAGGCCAGUAAGAAUUCAGCUGCCCCUCCCACCCGGGGUCACAGGCAUAAAUUUGGAUCAGUCAAGGCUGCAUCUUCUCCACGGUGAUCUGGAGGGCCAGAUCUGGGAUGACAUUACCAGUCAGGUGGUGCUGGAAUUUACCCAUCUUUAUGCAGUGUUUGAAGUCACCCACUUCUCCUGGUAUUGGCUGUGGUACACCACCAAGACCUACAUUGGAGGCAUUGCCAAGAAAGUCUAUGAGCGUCUGCGUAUGUACCAGGUGAACUUCAUUGCUCUGCAGAGGAAGAAGGACCCCGAGCAAGUCCUGCUACAGUGUGUCCCCAAGCACAAGUUCAAGCAGAGGAACAGAACAUACGAGCCCUCCUUAAUCUGCUUCAGUGCAACACCAGGGAUAUCUGCCCUCAGCGGUGUUGCUUCAGAUGUUAGCAAAGUUGACCCAGUGCUGAAGAAGCUGCAGGAUCGCUAUCGAGGACCUGAGCCAUCCGACAUGGUGGAGAUGUUUGAGGGAGAGCAGUUUUUUGCAGCUUUUGAGGGAGGCAUCAGCAUCGAUAUGGAUCGCCCAGACUGUGUGGAUGGACGUCUGUCGUUUAUUUUUUACUCCCACUUGAAGAACAUGAAGGAAAUCUAUGUGACUUCCCCUGUGGACAGGAAGGACCAAGCUGUAAAGGGCCAGGUCUCUUUCUACCGAGGGGCAAUUCCUGAGAGCAUCCCUGAAGAGGCCAGCAGGAGGAGGAAAGGACCAGACUCCCUCUGGCUCGUUACUCUGCCCAUCAAACUGCCUCGACUGAAGCCCCGCUGGGGUGAGAACCCUGGUCCCCUGAAUGGCUUCUCCUUCCCUCCCUUGAACCUGGGCAAUGCUGAGACUGGCUACCUGACACAGGCCAACCUGCUGAGCAUUGCCAGGCGUGUGGGAGCUGACUGGCAGACCAUCGGCCUGAACCUGGGCUUGACCUAUCAGCAGAUUGAGCGCAUUGGAUACAAUCACAGAGAGGACCUUGACAAGCAGAUCCUGGACAUGCUUUUCUCAUGGGCUCAGCAAAACUCAGAGGAUCCUGACUGUGUGAGCAAGCUGAUUACAGCCAUGAAAGAGAGUGGCCGCCAGGACAUCGCCGAUGAGGUUGAAACCAUCAUUGAGCUGGGCCGUCAGAAAUACAGGGAGUCCAUCCGCCGGGUGGGCUUGGAGCAGGAAAGCAGCACUGAGGACUCUGCAAUAGCUAUGGUGUAGCACCAAGCACAAGGAACUGGGUUUCAUAUGAGGUCUCUCUGCAUAGCUGGAGAGACAAUGUCUUGAUGCUGCUCCCACCUCAAGGGUCAGUGUCUUCCGAGGGAGCUGGACAUGGAUUUACUUGUGAACAGACUACUGAGCUCUCUUGGGUCUAUACUCACAUGCCACUUUGGCCAGUCCCAGGCAGUUUACAGUGCGUUUAUGAGACUUUACUGUAAUUCCAUCUCUUGACCCUGAGCUUUAGAUUUCAGAAACAUGGAGAAAUUCAGAGACUGAAGUGUCUGUCAGCUGAGUGGUGGCUGAAGUAGCCAUUAAUGAAUUAAUACUCAUGUUACAUAUAUCUAUGUAUAACUUAUUCCUGAAACUCUGUUCUGCUGGAAACACUGGAUGGGAGCAUUUGGGUGUGUUUGUGCUCCAGUGCUUGGUGGGAAACGAGGUGCAGUCGUGAUGUGAGUUGUGGUGCAGUGGAGACUGUUCAGCUAUUUCUGUUAAUGCUGUGUUUUGCUCAUAUGAAAAUGUGAACUGUAUUCGUCAUGAAAAUGCUUUCUGUUUUCUGCCAAAUCUCUUCCAGUUCCCUCAAGCCCAAACCAAGCCCAAAGUAUUAGUGGGGAAAAGAGAAGAAACAAAUUUCUAGCAGAAUUGCUCUUGGGUAUUUUGUUCUGUUCCAAAAGCUAUUUUGGAACAAAUAAAACUUCACAUUGUCUCUAGGCUGCUGCACCUGCAAAGCUUUUUAGAUGAGACCUACGCACUGCUGGCCUUUGAGAGAGCUCCAGUUUUAGUUUACAAAUAAGUAAAAAUCCAUAACUCUGCUGUUCUGAGACAGACUCUAAUUAACGUGAAAGAAAAAUUUCCCUUGCAGCUUCAGAGGGAUAUUCCUCACAUCCUCCCAGUGAAAUAUGCAGGUGUAGUAGUGAAGGUUGGUGGAAAGCAUGACUUAAGUUUGCUUUUUAAAAACUGGUCUGGCCAGCUGGGAAUAGGCACUGUUGUGGGAUUGGCUUUAACAGUGCUGAGCUAAUCUCCCAGUUUUGCAGUCUGAACAAUUUGUAUAAGGCUGGAAGUGUUUAUUGCUUUUUAACUGCUCAAUCAUUGACUACUAACGUGCCCUUCUCUUCCUGUUCCCCAUCUCAUAAUGGGCCUCAGCUAAUGACCCACUAAUGACCGAGGGAAAUGUCAUGCAAGCUUUUUGAAAGACUACGGUAAUCUAAGUAACCUCAGCUCUUUCAAGGCAGGUUUGGAUUCAGCUUAGCUCUCUAAGCAAUGUUUAAAGGGCUAUUCUCAGUCUGAAAAACAGAAGUUUGCAUAAAAAUGCCAGAUUGCAACACCCAGAGCUGCAGGUCUGAGAAGUCCUGCUGUUUUCUUACCCCUGUGAAGAAUCAUCGGUGAAUUCCCUGCUGCUGUGUUUCAGACCUGCUGUCAGGACUGUUGAGAGGCAUAAAAUCGUUCUGCUUUUGGGGUUAGGGGUUUUUUGGUUGGUUGGUUGGUUGUUUUGGUUUGGUUUUGGGUUUGUUUGGGGUUUUUUUUAGGCCAUUCUAACAUCUUAGCCCAUGGAGUAAUUAGUGUCCAGUCCAGAGCACUGGACAAAGACUUGCAGACUUGAGUUGUCACCUCGGGUUCAGGGACUCCGUCAGAGCUGAUUUCUUAGGCCAUGCUGCCCUUCAAGUCUCAUGUUGGGUUCAAGUCAGCAGUUCUCUUUUGUAUGUAUGUUUUCUCUGGUAGGCUGUGUCAUGUGUUCUUGUGUGUAAUUUUGAUGUAUACCAAUAGAUAUUUGUUCUUUCCUCCAGUUUUGGAGAGAUGCAUUUGAGCAUGUUGCUCUUACUAGGAAUAAAACAAGCACUUAACUGUU